AAGGUCCAAAGAAUAAGAACAAAAUGGUGGCCAGGAUGGUCACUCGAGCACAGGAUGGCGACGUGCUUUACACUGCUACGGAAGGUUGGCUAGAGGGCGAAAGAUGGGUGACAGUUCGUUCGACCUUCUGUCGGCUGCGCUAGACGAGAGUGGUCUGGCGUUCGAUGCCAACGACAUCCUCAACCCUCCGACAGACGCAGGUCAGGGGUCAGCGACGGAUGGGGGGGCAGACCCAGGCAGUGUGUUGGCCCAGGCCAUGGCAGUUAGUGGUCUGGAGAUGGACCCUAACAAUGACCCACUCCUGAUGGCACUGAGAGACGACCCAGCUCCAGUAACACAAGCGCACAAGAAGGAGGAGCCACGUGUCAUACAUAUAACAGCCACACAACCAACGAUCGUGUCCCGCCCUGCCGCCACCGCGGUUGUCACCAACGCAACCACGGGUCAGAGGGUCAUCCACGUGCCUGUCGCCGCCACGCGCGUCCUACAGCAACCCGCUGCAACCAAAGUCAUCACGCGGCCGGUGGCGACAACCAUCCCAAAGACCGAACAGAACAGACUGAUCGCGAGCUUGUUGUCGGACAAGGCCGCGUCACGAAACGUCGUCAGUGUCUCCGUACCAAGGUCGUCCUCGCCAAACAUACAAGUUAUCUCCCUGCCCAGAACACCAGGUACGAACUCGUCCGCUUCGGUAUACGUGCGUACGCUCCCCAGUAACACGCUACAGCGGGCGUCGGCUAGUAGUAGUAGCGUCGGGUUGGCGUCUUCUGUUGGAAAUGUUGCAUCGAGUCACACGGUCACCUCCGCAGCCAAUGGCAGCGUGCAGAAGGAGCUGACGGGAAAGGACGUGUCGAGACUGUGGGCAAACGAAGACAUCAAGAUCAGGAGCCUCUCACCAACUCCUGGUCAGUCGUCUAAGCCGGCCGGUAGUGGUGUAGUGAAGAGGGAGGAGGAGGAAGAGGAAGAAGAAGAGGAAGAACUGGGCGUGGCUGAGACGUAUGCUGAGUACACACCCAGUAAAUUGGAUAUCGGACUGGGACAUCCUGACUCGGUGGUGGAGACCAGUUCCCUGUCCAGCGUGCAGCCGCCAGACGUGUGGUACAAGCUGGCCAUCCCCGAGCACAUCAUAGACUACGGCUACCUGUCAGCCCUGCAGCUGGAGGCCAUAACCUACGCCUGUCAGCAACACGAGAUCUUCUUAGCCAGCGGGGAAAGGGCCGGCUUCCUCAUAGGUGACGGUGCAGGGGUGGGGAAAGGUAGAACGAUAGCGGGAAUAAUCUUCGAGAACUACCUCCUGGGAAGGAAGAGAUCGUUAUGGUUGAGUGUUUCCAAUGAUCUGAAAGUGGACGCAGAGAGAGACUUGAAAGAUAUCGGUGCCAAAGUGUCAGUACACUCCCUCAACAAGUUUAAGUACCACGCCAAGAUCUCGUCCAAGGAGAACGGUGGCGUGAAGAAGGGCGUGACCUUUGCCACGUACUCCUCCCUGAUUGGUGAGAGCCAGGGCAGCGGCAAGUACCGGACCAGGAUGCAACAGAUCCUACACUGGUGUGGAGAGGACUUUGACGGAGUGAUUGUGUUUGAUGAAUGUCACAAGGCAAAGAACCUGUGUCCUGUCGGCUCCUCCAAACCCACCAAGACUGGCCUUACUGUACUGGAGCUGCAGAAUCGCCUGCCUAAAGCCAGGAUUGUCUAUGCUAGUGCUACAGGAGCGUCGGAACCAAAGAACAUGGCAUACAUGUCUCGUCUGGGAAUUUGGGGAGAGGGCACGCCGUUUAGAGAGUUUAAUGACUUUAUUCAAGCUGUGGAAAGAAGGGGUGUGGGUGCCAUGGAGAUUGUUGCCAUGGAUAUGAAGCUGCGUGGGAUGUACAUGGCCCGGCAGCUCAGCUUCGCCGGCGUCUCCUUCAAGAUCGAAGAAAUCCCGUUAGAGGACGAGUUUAUUGCGAUGUACGACGCUGCCGUCAAACUGUGGGUAGAUGCGAGAGAAUACUUCCAGAAGGCAGCCGAGCUGAUUGACGCGGAGCACCGCAUGAGGAAGUCCAUGUGGGGCCAGUUCUGGUCGGCACACCAGCGCUUCUUCAAGUACCUCUGUAUCGCCUCCAAGGUCAAACCUGCCGUCAGGAUAGCUCGCGAGGCCGUCAAGAGUGGCAAGUGUAUUGUGAUGGGUCUACAGUCUACAGGAGAAGCCAGGACUCUGGAGGAGCUGGAGAAUCAGGGGGGAGAACUCAACGACUUUGUCUCCACUGCAAAAGGAGUGUUUCAGACGCUGAUAGAGAAGCACUUCCCUGCACCUGACCGCAGACGGCUGUCAGACAUCUUCGGUCUGGACUUCAGCCGUAGCAGCAGCCGCAGCAGCAGUCCUGACAACACUCCCAUCCCGGGGGAGAAGAGGAAGAGGGACACCAGUCCUCUGUCAGUACUGUCCUCUAAGAAAGGGAAGAUGGACAAAACAUCAGGCGGCUCUGACAGUGACUCCGACUCCUCCACAUCUGACUCUGACAACAACGUGGACAGUGAUGAAGACGACUUCUUCUCACCAAAACAUGGUUCUUCUGAUGAGGAUGAUGACUUCAAUCCGUUUGGGUCAGGGUCGGACGAAGACGACCCUUGGCUGAGCAGGAUUGAGAAAAGACCACCAAAGAAGGAGAAGACAAAAUCCAAGCCAAAGAAACUGAAGAAGAGCAAGUCUCUGGACCCUGCAAGCCUAGAUAGCUCCAACAACUCCUCAUCCAAGUCUGCUAACAGCCUGAGGAAGACAGCCAUAGCUAACGCAGCAUCACAGUCCAAAAUAGACUCCACGCCUAUGUUCAGCAGUAUGGACGCAGCUGACCAGGCCCAGGCCAUGAAGAGAGAACUGCUGGACAGGAUAGAGAAACUGGGAGGGAUCCUUCCUCCUAACACCCUGGAUGAACUCAUAGACGACCUGGGAGGGCCUGAGAAUGUGGCCGAGAUGACAGGCAGGAAAGGACGUGUGGUGAGUAACGAGGAAGGAACGAUCUGCUACGAGUCCAGAAGUGCGACAGACGUCCCGCUUGAGAUCCUCAAUCUUACAGAGAAGCAACGCUUUAUGGACGGGGAAAAGAAUAUCGCCAUCAUCUCGGAGGCCGCCAGCUCAGGGAUUUCUCUGCAGGCCGACAAGCGGGUACAGAACCAGCGCCGCCGCGUGCACGUGACCUUAGAGCUGCCGUGGAGCGCUGACAGGGCCAUCCAACAGUUCGGUCGCACACAUCGUUCUAACCAGGUUUAUGCACCAGAGUACAUUUUCCUCAUUUCGGAGCUAGCAGGAGAAAGGAGGUUUGCCUCUAUUGUGGCCAAAAGACUGGAGAGUCUGGGUGCCCUUACCCAUGGAGACAGGAGAGCAGGAGAGGCGAGGGAUCUCAGUAGGUUCAACAUUGACACAAAAUAUGGUAGAACAGCUCUGGAGGCAGUGAUGAAGGCUGUUGUUGGGUUAGAACCCCCCAUCGCCCCUCCUCCCGAGGACUACCAAGGCAACUUCUUUCAUGAUAUCCUCCAUGGCUUGAUAGGAGUAGGACUAGUCAGUAUGGAUGAGAGACUCAACAUUCCCAAUUUAGACAAAGAUUACAACAGCAUGCCCAAGUUCCUGAACAGAAUCCUGGGUCUGACGGUGAACCUUCAGAACGGACUGUUUGCGUACUUCCUGGACACGCUACACGAGGUCAUCCAGAGGGCGCGGCGGGACGGCAGAUACGACAUGGGCAUCCUAGACUUGGGCUCAGGUGGAGAUCAUGUCAGGCUUCUGGAGACCAAGAGGUUCAAGGGAAGCAGCACCUCCCGGCAGGCUCUAGUGGAACUGCACACUAUAAGUGUGGAGAGAGGAGUCUCAUGGAAGGAGGCGUUAGACAUGUACAGGGAACUUGUGCAGUAUGAGGAAGGAUUCUACCUCUCCAAACAGGUGCGGAACAUGAAGUGCAUGGCUGUACUGGUGAAGGCUGUGUCCGGCAGGAGGAAGUUGUACAGCGUACACAGGCCAAACACCGGACAACAGAUGAAGAACGAACCACUGGAGAACAUCAAGAAAAAGUACAAGAAGGUGACCCCAGAUGAAGCGGAGCCACACUGGGUGUCUCAGUACAACUCCUCCCUGGCACAGUGUAGUCAUGCCUACUGGAGGGGAAACUGCAAGCGAGUGUCUUUGAAUCUAUCUUGUGAAAUCGGGCUGCGGCGGAGAACCUACCAUGUCCUUUCUGGGUCUGUACUUCAGGUGUGGAGUAAAGUGGAAAGUGUUCUGGUGUCCAUGCCAGGCAGCCAGUCUAAGAUGCAGGUUGUCAGAAUUAAGACUCAACAGGGCAAGAAGGUUGUAGGGACCCUAAUUCCAAGCAACUGCAUCCCUGCCCUAGUCAACGUCCUGUCUCAGAACGGCCCCACCCCCACCCUGGGGCAGCCCACCACCACAGCGGGGGGGAGUUUGAUGAGUCCCGUCCUCCUGUCAACGCGCUGAAACGAUAAACCGCGGAGGCAGGAGCCGUUUAUUCUGAGGGAACCGCAAUCUGUGCACGCCACCGCAUGCACGCAGACAACCGAAUCUCCAGCCAGAGCGAAUAGUCUGCUAGGUUCUGUCCAACCUUCUUGGGGACAUAGAAGUGGCAGGACCACAAACCACACCUACCUGAUUAGCAUACUCACUGAGAUAUGGUUCAGGCUUGGGGAAUAGGUUCCUAUUGGUUGCAACUGUUCAAGUCUUUAAAUAAAUUAGCAGUAUGCAAAUUAAUGUCGGAAUGUUGAAAGUCUGUCAAAAAAAAAGAUAUAAAGAAGAAGCCCUUGUGUUUGGUAAUGGUUGUAAAAUGUGAAAAAAGGAAGAAUAUGGAGAGAAAGUGUGUACUUAGGCAUUCCAUAGAGUAUAUUAUUAUAUUUUGAGAUGAGAUGAAGUUAUGUGCAAGGAUAGCUGUAAAAAGGCAUAGCGUUCGCUUGUCGCAAUGUUUCCCCUGCCUUCAGUAUAGUGGUGUCUACCACGGUGAAAAGCAGUUAAAGGCACACAGUGCAAUUUCAGGGUGGCAAAACUGUAUUUUCAAUGCCAAUUUUCUGGUCCUACUUUUAAUAUUAUAAUAAGUUGAAUCAACCCUAUCCUGUAAUCUGUGAGGCAAAAAUAUGAUGUCGCUGAUGGAAAACGGUUGCGUAUUUCAUAUUGGCUGGUGCAAGCUAUUUAUGGGUGGUACUCAAAAA